AUCACGCUAGGUUUAGCGGUCUGUUUUGAGCCAGGAAAAAAUAGGCACAGAGCACUAGCACAGCCUGCUAACAUAUACUUGUGAUAACAGGUUAGCAAUUAGUCGCCAUUUGAGUGAGUUUAGCAGUAAGGAGAAGGACAUUCUUACCUUAGUGACCAACUUAUGGGUAUGUAGUCGGUCAGUAAAUGUGUAUGAAUGUGGCUUUUGGUGCAGGCUGGGACGGCAGCUACAGGGAUUAGCUGUACGGGGAGCUCCUGCUAGCUGUGCGAUGCUGACAUACCUUCAGACGGCUUGCUAAUUAUCUCAUAACAGGAAUUUUGGUGUGACUUCGGUCAGAAAAAUCUUCACCAUUCAUACACGGACUGUAUUCCAAAGCCGAGACCGGUCUAAAUAGUCCGCUAGUGAAGCGCUUGAGUUAGCUGGCUAGCUGGGUCGCCUGCAAGUACAAGGUUAGCUGCUUAAAACGAGCCACCUGGACCCGAUAACCAUCGAAAGAGGGCUAUGUCUUCAGCAGCCACCACAGCCUCGUCGGUGGACAAGAUGGACGGUUUCUCCAGGAAGUCUGUCAGGAAAACCAGGCAGAAGCGAGCACAGAGCUCGUCCCAGUUCAGAUCUCAGGACAAGCCCAUAGAGCUGGUGCAGCUGCCUCUGCUGAAAGAUGUUUCUGCGCAGGAGCAACCAGAGCUGUUUCUCAAGAAACUGCAGCAGUGCUGUACUCUGUUUGACUUCCUUGACACACUGUCUGACCUCAAAAUGAAAGAGUAUAAGCGGUCCACCCUCAAUGAGCUGGUGGACUAUGUCACCCUCAGCAGGGGCUACCUGACUGAGCAGACCUACCCCGAGGUGGUCAAAAUGGUGUCAUACAAUAUUUUUCGGACUCUACCGCCUAGUGACAGUAAUGAGUUUGACCCAGAGGAAGACGAGCCCACGCUGGAGGCUUCAUGGCCACACUUACAGGUAGGGAGUCGCAGCCAGCAACAAAUAAAUAGGAAUUGAAGGGUUAGUUCACCC